AGCAAGUUUGUUACUCAGUGUAAACUAUGUUGACUGCUGUGGGACAUCUGGCAAUAACAGACUCUUCGUGACCCCCCGACCCCUUUUGCCAGGGUGUGUGUGGCCAUGGCAACCAGUCCGGCUGUGGGGGAGAGCCAGCUCCAGAGGAUUAUCCGAGAUCUGCACGAUGCUGUGGCUGAGCUUGCUAAAGAGUACAAAGAGUCUGGAGAACCCAUCACGGAUGACAGCUCAAACCUACACAAGUUCUCCUACAAGCUAGAAUACCUGCUCCAGUUUGACCAGAAGGAGAAGACUACCCUGCUGGGCAAUAGGAAAGACUACUGGGACUACUUUAGUGACUGCUUAGCCAAGGUGAAAGGAGCCAACGAUGGGAUUCGCUUUGUCAAGUCCAUCCCAGAGUUGAAAACAUCUCUGGGGAAGGGUCGAGCUUUCCUGCGCUACUCUCUGGUGCACCAGCGCUUAGCUGACACACUACAGCAGUGCCUCAUGAACCAGAGGGCCACUAGUGACUGGUACUACUCCCGCAGUCCCUUCCUGAAGCCCCACCUGAGUGUUGACAUCAUCAAUCAUUUGUACGAGCUGAACGAUGUGCAAUUCGAUGUGGCGUCUCGGGGUCAUGACCUUGACUCAGCCUGGCCCACUUUUGCCAGGAGGACUCUGGGUAUGACCAACUCCCCUAGUCACAUGUGGAAACCACCCAGUCGCAGUUCCAGCAUCAACAGCCUGGCAAGCUCCUAUUCACAGGCCCAUGAGUUCCUGGGCAGCCCCGACCUGGAUCGCAGCGGCUUGGGUCUCGGCCUCCCCUGCGACACUUCCGGCCUGGCGGACGACUCGUCGUCCAUGCUGGGCGCGGUGGACGAGCUUCGCCUGGAGCUGGACCAGUCGGAGCUGCGUGAGAAGGAGCUCCUGGGCCGCGUGGGCGAAUUGGGCAGCGAGGCCUCGGAGCUGCGCGCCGUGGUCAUGGAGCUCCAGCGGCAGCUGGACGCCUCGCUGGACGCCCAGACGCGGCAAGCAGAGCGGGAGCGGGCGGUCGCCGGCCAGGCAGAGUCCCUCAGUGCGGCGCUGGUCGCCCGGCAGGAGCAGCUAGAGGCGGCCGAGCGGCGCGGGCGCGAGCUGGUGGAGCAGCUGGACGCGACGCUGCAGGACAAGGGCGAGCGGGCGGCCGGGCACCUGGACUCCGCCCAGAAGAUCCACCAGCUGCUGGACGAGCUCAAGGAGGAGCAGCAGGCACGCUCUAAAGCCCUGGAGGAGGCCGCCGAGAGCCAGAGAAGGGCCGAGCAGCUCGGCCAAGAGCUGGACGCCAGCCGGGAGGCACUGACCAGGGCAGAGGGAAAGGGCAAGGAGGCGCAGGAGGAGAGCGAACGGCUGAAGGAGGAGGUGGCCGCGCUGACGGAGCGUCUGGAGGCUGGCCGCUGCGGCGCGCAGGAGGCGAGCGAGGGGCUCCGGCACGAGGCGGGCGAGCUGCGGGAGCGUCUGGCGGCGGCCGAGGCCGCGCGGGACACGCUGCGGGCGAGCACGGCCGAGCUGGAGGCCAGCGCCAAGGAGCAGGUGCGCCGCGCUGAGGACUACCGCGCCCAGUGCACCAGCCUGAUGGGGCUCAACGAGGGGCUGCUGGAGACCGUGCGGCGCUCGGAGGAGAGCCAGAGGGACCUGGCCGAGACGCGCGCCACCCUGGAGGCAGAGGCGGCCACCCUGCGCGCCAGGAUGGCCGACGCUGCCGCCGCUGCCGAGGAGAGAGAGAGCCGUCUGCGUGAGGAGGCCAAAACACUGGAGGAGCGUCUGCAGAGAGUGACUGCGCAGGCAGAGGCAUCAGAGGGUCGCGUGCGUCGCCUGGAGGGGGAGAACGCGGCGCUGCAGGCGGGUAGCGAGGAGGCGCAGCGCCGGGGGCUGGAGGAGGCGCAGCGGGAGCGUCGGGAGGCGCAGGCCCACGCGGGGCUUCUGGAGCAGCAGCUGGGAGCCAACAACUGGGAGAGCUGGGCCAAGGCCCAGCUGGAGCGCCUGGCGAUGGAGCGGGAGGAGGCGCGCGAGAGCCUGCACCGCGCCAACACCGAGACGGCCGAGCUGGGCAUCACCCUGUGCCGGUUGACCGCCGAGCGCGAGGAGGCGUGCCAGCGUAAGGAAGAGACCGAGCAGGGGGCGCGCAAGGAGGCCGAGCGCCUCAACGCCAGCCUGGCUGCCCUCCGGCAGGAGAACGACAGCCUGCGACAGGAACUGCAGCAGGCCGAGAAGCUUCCGGAAACACUGCUGGAGGUGCAGGAGAAGCUGGAGAAGGCCGAGGCUCAGGCUAGGACGCAGCAGGACACUGGUCGUGAGGAGAUGCAGGCGCUCAAGUUCCAGAUGAGCUCCGAGAUCAUGAGCCAGCAGAGCCAGAUCCAGAGUCUGAAAGAGGAGCUGGAGGGGGUGAAGACUCAAAUGAAGACGGAGGAGAAGAGAACAUCCGGCCUGGCAGAAAAAGUCUCAGAGCUGGAGGGAGCUAAUGAGGAGUAUUCUCGGCUGAUUGAUGAGAAGAAUGCUCACAUCACCAAGGCCGAGAGGGAGAUGCGUGAAACUGAGGCGGAUAUUCUGAAGCUUCGAGAGAAACUGGACAGUACGGAGCAGGCUCUGGCGGCGGUGCAGGGGGUGCGUGAGGAGCUGAAGCAGCAGCUGGAGCAGUUUCAGGCCGAGGCCCAGAGCCAGCGCCUCAGCAUGGACGCCCAGAUCCAGGAGCUCUCCCUCACCAAGAACCACCUGGAGGAGCGCCUCAUAGAGCUCAUCAAGGAUAAGGACGCGCUGUGGCAGAAGUCGGACGCUCUGGAGUUUGAGCAGAAGAUCCGGGCCGAGGAGCAGUGGUGGCUGGUGGACAAGGAGGCCACUAACUGCCUGGACUGCAAGGGCCAGUUUACCUGGUACCUGCGCCGCCACCACUGCAGGUUGUGCGGCCGCAUCUUCUGCUACUACUGCUGUAAUAACUUUGUGAUGACCAAGCACAGCAGUAAGAAGGAGCGCUGCUGCCGCGAGUGCUACACCCAGAACAGCGCCGUGGUGGAGAGGUUCACGCCGGCCGAGCUCGACACACACCCCUCGCUCCCGCACGACCAGCCACGCCCCCCCUACAAACCCACACCCAGGGUGACAGUGACGGAUCCGGCUGCCAAACAGGAUGAUGCGGUAUACGACAUCAUCACCGAGGAGGAAGUGAACGGCAUUUAUGACGGCGAUUCACUCUCACACACGACAGCUGGCUCUCUGGAUGGGGAGAGUGAGGGCAGUGCUCCAGCUGACCUGGGUGCUGAGGACAGGAGGACUGGGGACACCACGCCCGAAGAGCAGGACGAGGCUGUGGCCACUGUGCAGGAUGCCGAGAUCAACCUGCUCAAGUCGGGGGAAUUAAGUGAGUCGGUGGGGCUGAGUCUGGAGGAGGUGUGUGACUUCGGUGACGGCUCGCGCGAGCUCCACAUCAAGGCCAGCAGCUACAGCCUGGUGCCAAUCAGCGUCGCCAGCGGCAACCGCGGACCCACCAUCAGCUGGAUCUUCUCCUCCGAGCCCAAGAGCAUCUCCUUUAGUGUGGUCUUCCGGGAGGAUGAGCACACCCCCCUGGAACAGUCAAAGGUUCUGAUUCCUCUGACUCGCUGCAACUCACACAAAGAGACCAUCCAGGGACAGUUGAAGGUCCGGAACCCUGGGAUCUACAUUCUGGUCUUUGACAACUCAUUUUCAAGGUUCAUCUCAAAGAAGGUUUUGUACCAUCUGACAGCGGAGAAGCCCAUCAUCUACGAUGGUAGUGACUGCCCACAGUGAUGGGCUCCACCUUGACAAGGCGACGGUGGCCGCAGACAGGGCAGACUGGCUUCCUCUUCCUGUCAGGUCUUCCUUUUAGCGCCCAAAGCCUGGAUUGUACUACACCUCUUGUAACACUUAGAAAACAAAUUGUUUUGUCUGUCAUAUCUCUGGUUUUUCACUAUUGAGAUAUGACUAACUGAGCAAGUAAUGACUUUUCCAAGUGUUACAUGGUUAAUUAUACAUCACUGUCCCUGAGGUGAUAUGGUCCAGUUGACAUCUUUUGUAAACACAGCUUUGUCAAUCAUAACAGAAAUAGGGACUCAGGGAGGGUAUGGGUGGAUCUUAAAUUCAUUUUUAUUCAUUCUAAUUAUUUUUAACCAACUUUUGUCGGCUUGUGCCAAGUAUACUGUGUGUGUGUGUGUGUGUGUGUGUGUGUGUGUGUGUGUGUGUGUGUGUGUGUGUGUGGUGUUUCUGUGUGUGUGCGUCUGUGUGACUAUGUGUUUAUAAUAUGCAUGUGUUUCUGGUAGUCUGGCUUUUAGAUUUGUAGUUAUUUAUCUUUUUCUUUGUUCAUUGUGGUCCUGUGACUUAUAGACAAACACUGGCAUUGGUCUGUGGGCUGGGCUGCCACACGUGGCUAUUAUAGCUUUCUCAUUAAUGCCAUUUACCGCUCAGCAAUGCAAUUCACCGCUCAUUUAAUCAACAAAUGCCAGACUUCUCCUCCGCCUAGUUUGUUGCAUAAAUAGUAGGACCAUGUUUUAGGUUUUUUUUUUUUUAAGUAUGUUUAUGUAAACUCCAUGUAUGCUGUUUUUGUUUUUUGCUUUUAGUGAUGAUCACUAGGGUAAAGUAAAUAUCAGGAGCAAUUAUAACCAAGUAACAAGAGCAAUAACCCAUUUCCAGACCUUGUCUGAAGAACAUUCAGACAAAGCUUACCUCAAACCAGUGACUUUGUAUAAUAGAUAGCCAUCAUAGCUGGGACAGCUUCCAAACCCAGAGUAUAUUUUUCCUUCUAAAACACAAUUAGCUGCCUAAUCAAGUUGAUGGAAUAUGACAUUAAUCAUGGAGUCUUCUCCUUAUGCUCAUAUACCAAGUAUAUAUUUUAUUUACACUAUAGUACGAGUUUUUGUAAACAAUCAUGAAAGAUUGAUGAUGAUCCCCAGAGGCUUUCAUAAACACUUUCAUACAGGCUUUCAGAUCAUCACCUUGCAGGAACUCGAGUGAAAUCCCCACGGCGUUAGGAAACAAAUGAGUUUUUCGCAGGAACGCCUAAACUCAGGGCAGGUGACCACAUCCGUCUGGAGCCAGGCAGGGGUGUGUUUCCCAAAACCAUAGUUGCUAACUAAGUUAACUUCCCAUUAAUUUCCCAUUGCCAACCAACUAAGUUGCUAACAGGUGGUUAGCACUACCGGUACUAUGGUUUUGGGAAACGCACCCCAGGGCGUUUAUUCUUCGAUUUUAGAUAAAUCUCCGGCCAGUGGCCUCACUGGAGAGGACCCAGCACAGGGUUCCGUUCUGUGUGUCCUCUGUGUGCUUUUUAGGGUUCUGCGGUAAGACUCCUCGGUGGGUUCAUGGGAUAGAGUGGCUGAUGGGUACGGGUUUACAAGGGAGAACUGGUAACCAGUGUAGUUAAUGGUGACUGCUCUGUGGCUUUGAUUAAGGUCCUGAUAGUGACUGUUCUAUGUGCAGUGGCAAAGUCCCUGUGGGUGAUCAUAUUCAGGUUCAGUGAGUUAUCAUUAGUAUUCUGUGCGUGGUGUUUAGGUUUCUCUAUAUUGAAAUUCAUUGAGAUGUGCACCGUAGUCCAAGGACUGACUUAUUCACUUCGGCCAGACCAUCUCUUUAACUUUAAAUUUCACUUUAGUCCUCCCAAAGAAAUCCAUAGGAGAUUUGGUGCAGAUGCAGAGGUUAUUGUGUGCUCGUGGAAUACUUUUAGUGUACCUCUGCUUUAAAAGACAUGAAGAGAUAGACCAGGCUCUCUCAUCUUCAAUAGGUUUUUGAGAAAAUGUGGCAACUUCAGAGAGACCAAGUCCUCUGUAAAGCGUCCUCUUCAGAAAAGCACUCAGUAAAAGAGCACAGAGUCAUGAGAAACGCUCAAUGUCGGGGCACAGCUCUAUGCAGGAACUGAAUGACAGUUCCAGUUAUGGUUCCAUUUUCAACAGUUCAGCUCUCCUAGAGCAUUUGAGAGCUGCAAAGGAACACUAAAGUAAAACAAGCCGUUCCCAAGUGAUUCUUCUUUUUGCUAAGUGUCUCCAGGUUGGUCUGCGUCAGUCCCUUUAUAUUUAGUGCUCAAAACUAAACAAUUUUACCAUGAUCUUGAGUGGCCAAUGGAAUUAGGUAGAGCUAUGCACACCGACAUAUUAUACCAUUUGUGAACCGAAUCUAAUUGUGCCACAUCUGUAUUAUGUUUGUGUCACUCAUAUAGUAAUAUGAAAUCAAGUCAAGGGCUAUAUGCAAUCAGUCACUGCUAUUUUAAUAUUCAGGGGGAAUGUCAUAAUCUUUGUAUUACUAACACAUGCUCUGAGAGCCACGAUCAGUUAAGUGGGUACUGCUUAUACUGAGAUACAGUUCUAUAUUUACAUAAUAAACAUUUUGUAUCUCUUAAAUCUUUUUUGUAAUUGAUAAAAAAAAAAGAAUGAGGAAAUAAGAACACUAUAUAUUUUCAGCACAGUUUUGCACUUUUGACAACAAACAAAUUUCCUCUUUUAAAAGGUGAUGAAUGAUUUUAUAAGAAGCGCUCACAACGCUUCUUAUAAACAAAGUUGGUAUCAACUUGGCUUUUCAUUGAUUGAAGAAUCUUGUGAAGGUGUGUUCGGUAGUCCUUAACCUCUAGAUGAGAAAUAACCAUGUGCCUGGAAUAUGCACCAGUCUGUUCAUUCAUCUAAUGAGUCUCAGACCCUCUGAGGGAACCAAAGCCUCCAGACACAGGAUUAUAUGUGAACCUCAGGUCCUUUUCUUCUUCUAGAGGUAAUUAAUGACUCUGGACCAUACUUCAACAAGAAAAAGAAUGAAGCCCUGAAUCUUCAAUGAUCUAGAACGAGAAACCGGUUCAGCUGUGCUGUCAGCAUCACUAUUGAAUGGUUACUGGUCAAAUGGUGCAUGUAUUUUGUUUUGAGUCAGGUCAAUAAAUUCUGUAAAGACAA